ACUCGCGAAACCAUCGGCGAACAACAGCGGACCGGUACGUCUUAUAGUUGCUGUCCCUAUAACUAGUAGACAGAUAGUAUAUACCCUACUGUAGUACACUUUGAUCUCGAACUUUAGCGAGUCGUAUAUAGAGCGCACAGAAUCACAAGGCGAAUAUAUAUAUAUAUAUGUACUUUUGAGGUUUGAUUUUGAUAUUAGAAAGGGGACAAUAAAACUAACUCUUUUUGCUGUAUGAAUUAUUGAGAGAAGUUAGCGAGAGUUUAGUCAUGUCAGCAUUAGGACCUGGACGAGGCUCGGCACUGGGUCCUGGACCGAGAUCAGCUCUCAGCCCGCUGAACCCACAAGAAGAGGAGGAUAAGAUCGAUCGACCGGUUAUCACCGAUCAAGACGUUGCGGAAGCCGGUGAAGGACUUCAAGCCAACCCAUUCACCAUCUCAGAAUCAUUCAAUAGACUCGAGGAUGGAGAUGCUCCCCAUAUCUUCAGCGGUGGAGCCAAGGGUAGUGAGACCGUUUUCCAGAAGGAUGUGAGGGAAACCAAGCCCGUCAGAACCCUGAAGAACGUUCCGCACGGCCAUUGCGUCGGAUGCGGCGAAAAAAUCACAGGGAAGUACACAAGGAUUCGUGACCAUGGAUUUCACCACGAUUGCUUCAAUUGCGCCGUCUGCGGCAAGAAUUUGAGAGGAAUUGGCUAUUAUGAAGUUCGAGGAGAGAUUUACUGCAAGAAAGACCGUCCUAUGUGAAAUCACUACACAUGAGCAUGAUGCAUGGAGUGUGAAAAUGGUUAUUUCGAGGUCAAGGGUAACUUUUACUGCAAGGUACACACACCGAUGUAAAAAAGUCAACCAAUUUUUAUACAAAAUGAUUGCAAUUUUUACAAUACAGAAAAUAUUUUAACAAUUUUUACAUCUCGAUUUCGCUAAUAUCGGGAUUAUUCCUUACCAGCUAUAUACACACUCUAAAAACACUGAGUAAAAUUUUACCCAAUUUGGGUAAAAAGGAAAGAUGCAAGUUUGCUGGGUAUUGGUUUUUACCCCAUAUUGGGCUAAAUGCAUGUUUUUUAAGGGUAAAUUUUAACGCAACAUUGCGAACUAUUUACAAGAUGUUUGGUAUCUUUUUAUCGAAUAAACCAACAUGCAUGUUCCAAUUUUACCCAAUAUUGGGUAAACCAUUUUUGAAAGCGUAGCUAUACUGGAUUUUUUUUGUAUCGGGAAGUUAAUUCAGAUGCGGAUUAUUAUUUAUUAUCUUUAACAGAGCAUUAAUAUUGACUCGGAAUAGGAAACGAAUACUAUAUAGUAAACAAAAAUAGACCUACAUUUAGAAAUAAAAAAAUGUGAAAGUGAAUUGCUUGGGAGAAUCGAAAGACAAUUAUAUUCAAUUCUUCGCGGUUUCGACAACACUUGGGUGGGCAAUACUGGAUGUUUCUUUGUAACACACUGUAAAAAAUAUUGGGUAAAAUUUUUACCACCACGAGGGUAAUUAUGUGUCCAAACAAUUUUGGGCAGUAUUUUACCCAAUGCGGGAAGCAUAUUGUCCAGUAAGGUUAAAAAAUAAGCAGCAAUGGGCAAAAUUUCCAUCACACUGGAUAAAUAAAAAUGCCCAAAAGAAAUGCCCAAUGUUGGUUGGAUACAUAAUUACCCUCAUGGAGCACUUUUUCCCAAUAUUUUACAGAGUGCAGGAAUUUGAUAUAUACGUAUUUAAUAUAAUUUUCUUUUUGAUUAUUUUGAUUAGUUUCAUUAUUGCUUUAAAUAGUGUAUAAAACGAAGCAGCAAAAUGUUUAAGAAAAAAAUUGAUGAAUUUGUCUGAAGUAAACCAAACGACUGUACAGUGUAUAUUAAUUUCACGCGGUGUAUCGAGGGAACACGAUUAAAAUCAAUAUCUGAUUGAGAAACAUUGUUUGAUGAUUAAACCUAUAUCCAUGGACUAGAGACGAAAUUUCAGGCAUUUAGAUUUUCCAGGUAAUUUACAUGAUUUAUGUAGUGAUUUAAGUGUAAUACUGAAUAAUGAUCAAGAAGAUUAAUUUCAAGAGGUUUUGGGUUAGGCCUGUAUGUUGUUGGUUUUUUCUCGCGAAAUGUUUGUAUAUUAUGAUCAGAGUGACAAAGAGUAUUUAGAUAAACAUGUUAGUUUUACUCUCACGAAAAUACCUGGUAAGAUUGAUCGGGAAAUUGAUCCGAUCUGUUGGUGCCACACACUCUUCCGUGUAAAAAUGAUCCAGAAUAAGGUCCAAUCUGACAAACUUUUUAGCCAGGUCCGACCCUUCUGUGUCAAAAUUAUUGGGCCUUAUUCCAUGUUAUUUUUUUACCCCCAACGGAGUGUGGAACCCUGUAACAGACCCGAUUUCCUUCUCAGUCUCACCUGGCAUUUUUUAGAGUGUUUAACACAUUAAUAUUUUUAUUGCUGUAUUGUUUGUAUAUAUUUAUUUCGCACUGUUAAUACUGAAUGGCUUGCCUACGAAUAGAAAAUCAGAUAUUUAUGUAAUUCAUGCACUUUUCUCUGAUCGCUUUCAUUUAUCUAUCCUUUGUAAGUUAUUAUUUCUCAAUUUUCUUUUGCACCUUUCUUGUUUAUGUUAAAACGCACGAUAUAAAAUAAACAAUUUAAAUGAUGAA